CGGGUCUUUAAUUUAAUCAAAAAAUGCAGUAAAAAGGCUUUAAACAAUUGCAAAAACCACACAAAAUGGCUACUCAAAAGCCUGGCGAGUGGGCAAGUGCUCUACUGGCGCGCUUCGAAGAUCAGCUGCCGAACCGUAUCGGUGCUUAUGGGACACAAGCACGUAUGAGCCAGGACCAACUGGUGGCAUGCCUUAUCCACAUAUCGCGCUACCGCUUCUCGCUGGUCAUUUCAGGCCUAACAAAAAUGCUCCAGCGCGUCAACGAGGCUGCACUACAAAACCGAUACGAGCCAGAACGUUGCUAUUUCGAAUCUCUGGUCAUCAUACUGACCACCCUCGAGCGGUGUCUUACCAAUCAGACCAAGGACACGGCCCGCUUUGAGGAGGCCAUGAAUGUGAAGCUGCUGCUGCGUGAAAUCUCACAAUUUGUGGACGUGCAGAGCGACAGUAACCCGAAUGCAGCCCAAUUGAAGGCCCUGGCCUCCAAGGUGCUCUUUGCCCUGUCCCAAAAUCACUUCUCGGCUGUUUUCAAUCGCAUCUCGGCAAGGAUUCAGGAGCUAACAUCAUGCUCGGAGGAAAAUCCCGAUUACAAUGACAUCGAAUUGAUACAACACAUCGAUAUGGAUAUGAUUAAACUUACCAAGCUACUACAAGAAACCAUUACAAAGUUUCGCUCAAAGCGCGCUCCACCUUUGAUUUUACUUUACUCCCUGGAGAAGGCCAUUUGGAACUGGAUUGAGUAUCACCCACAGGAGUUCCAGGACCUGCAGCGAGGCACCAAUCGAGAUAUAUCCACUUGCUGGGAGCCACUGCUGGACUUCGUGGAGUAUUUCAAGACCGAAAAUAAGAAAAGCAAGACCAUGGUCUGGCCCCUGCAAAUGUUGCUGUUGAUAUUGAAUCCCUCCAGCCUGGAGGCCACCGUCAACGAGCUGCAGCAGUCGGAAAAGGAGAAAGAGAAGGAAAAGGUGCCUUCAAAGUCCACACAGUCGGCAUCGCGGGACAAGGACAAGGACUUUUCGGCCAGGCAGUUUAUCGAGAGCAUCAAGCGGGGCUUGGGUCAGCAUUCGCCAUCGAAACAGGUCACAGAAUCCUCGGCAAUUGCCUGUGUAAAGCUUUGCAAAGCCUCCACGUACAUCAAUAUCACGGACUCCAACAAUGUGGUCUUCAAGCUGGUGCAAUACUUCAUCAACGAUCUGAAAGCGUUGCUGUUUAACCCGGCCAAGCCGUUCUCCCGCGGCCAGGGCUAUAACUUUGCCGACAUCGAGUUAAUGAUCGACUGCUGGGUGUCCUGUUUCCGCAUCAGUCCGCACAACAUUGAGGCUCUGAAGGUGUGCCUGAAUCUAUCCUCGCCGCAAGCCUAUCAUUUUGUUAUUGUGUGCUCGCUGUUGAGAUUGGCCCACAUCUAUGUGGAUUUCCGACUGCAAAACAAGAAUCCCUUCCGCAUUGUCAACCAGCCCCGUCUGUCCUGGUGGCCACAGACCGAAGUCGUCCACUAUCGGUCUGCGGAGCUGCGUGCUUUGUUUACGGAUACCCUAAAUAAGGCCACCCAAGGGUACAUAGCCCACACGCCAUUGCGCUACAUUACCUCCCUGACGCUCAAGUCCAAGGACACGCAAAAGGGGCUGACACGCGCCGAGGAGGGACCGGCCCACAAGAUGCUAUUGCUGCUGCUUGUGCGACUGAUACACGCUGAUCCCACGCUGCUGCUGAAUACCCAAGGAAAAGUGGCCCAUGAGGUACAAAGCUCUACUCUAGAGCUAAUCAACGGUUUGGUGAGCCUAGUGCAUCAAACGACAAUGCCAGAUGUGGCACAGGAGGCCAUGGAAGCCCUGCUGGCCCUGCACGCACCAGAGAAAAUAGAAGUCUGGAAUCCCGAGGCGCCCAUCAACACAUUCUGGGACGUGAGCUCUCAGGUGCUGUUCUCCAUUUCUCAGAAGCUAAUCCAGCACCAAAUUGCCAACUAUACGGAUGUGCUGAAGUGGCUGCGCGAGAUACUGAUCUGCCGCAACACUUUCCUGCAGCGGCACAAGGACUAUGCUCAUGUGGGGAGCCAGAUAGCCAUCUGCAAGCAGGCACAUAUCAAAAUGGAGGUGGUGUUCUUCAUGUAUUUGUGGAGCGUGGACUUGGAUGCAGUGCUGACAUCGCUCUCCUGCUUUGGGCUGCUCUGCGAGGAGGCAGAGAUAUGCUGCAGCUCCGACGAACUGACAGUGGGCUUCAUUAUGCCCAACUAUCACAUCUACCAGGAGCUGGCACAGUUGUCCACUUCUGCAACGGAUACUCGCAUUUGCUUCUUUGACAACACACAUGGCAAUGUGCUGAGUCGCCUCACACUCCAGAAACGCAUCAUGACGCUGCUGCGCAAGAUCGAGCACUGUGUCCAUGGCGUCCAGCCCGCCUGGGAGGAGACCUUUCGCAACUGGGAAGUGUCCAGCAAGGUCCUGCAGACCUAUCCCAAAUGCAAGGGCGAAGAUGGCCAGGCGGAGGUCUUCCAUCGGGGAAUGGGAAAGCGUAGGGCGAGCCAUCAGAGCUCCGAGCACGAUCUGGAGGAACAAAUCAACGAAUGGGCAAACAUGACGUGGUUCCUGUUGGCCCUGGGCGGCGUUUGCCUGCACAAACGCUGCAGCAGCCGUCAGACACUGCUGCAGCAGUCCCAGAAUAAUGCCUCCUUGGGCUCGUUGGCUCAGACCUCGCUGUACUCGAGCUCCACAAGCUCCGGGCAUGGCUCACUGCACCCCAGCACUGUAUCCCUAUCGACGCUACCACCAGCCCCGCCACAGGAUGUCAGCUAUUGCCCCGUGACGCAGUUCAUUGGACAACUGCUGCGUCUGCUGGUUUGCAGCAACGAGAAGAUCGGCCUCAACAUCCAGAAGAAUGUGAAGGAGCUGGUGGGUGAGGAAAUGUCCACCCAGCUGUAUCCCAUACUCUUCGAUCAGAUCAGGGCCAUUGUGGAGAAGUUCUUCGACCAGCAGGGCCAAGUGAAUGUCAAUGUGACGGACAUCAAUACGCAGUUUAUUGAGCACACGAUCUACAUCAUGAAGUCGAUACUGGAUCCCAAGGCCAGCAAGGACCCAAACAACGAACAACCCUCGCCCUCGGAGCACUUGGGGGUGACGAGCAUCGAGGGCAUGAUGCUGGGCAUCGUGCGGUAUGUACGCCAUCUGGACAUGACCGUUUAUGCAAUUCGAGUGAAGACAAAACUCUGCCAGCUGGUGGAGGUGAUGAUGAAGCGACGCGACGAUCUGGCCUUCCGCCAGGAGAUGAAGUUCCGAAACAAGCUGGUGGAGUACCUGACCGACUGGGUGAUGGGCACAUCCCAUCAGAUCGCACCGCCCAGCUCGGCGGAUGCGGCCAUUUUGACCAACACAUCGCUGAUCUUCCGAGACCUGGAUCAGGCAUGCAUGGAGGCGGUGGCCGCUCUGCUCCGUGGCCUGCCACUGCAGCCCGAGGAAUCGGAUCGUGGCGAUCUAAUGGAUGCCAAGAGUGCGCUCUUUUUGAAGUAUUUUACGUUGUUCAUGAACCUCUUGAACGACUGCAUCGACAGCUCGGAGGCGGAAAAGGAGCUAAACAACACACCGUUGUUGCCGCCACGGCCACGAAUGGCAGCCGGUAAACUGACGGCCCUGAGAAAUGCCACCAUACAGGCCAUGUCGAAUCUGCUGGGUGCCAACAUAGACUCUGGAUUGAUGCACUCGAUUGACCUGGGCUACAAUCCCGAUCUGCAGACGCGAGCCGCCUUCAUGGAGGUACUCACACAAAUCCUGCAGCAGGGCACAGAGUUCGACACUCUGGCCGAAACGGUGCUGGCCGAUCGCUUCGAGCAGUUGGUGCAGCUGGUGACGAUGAUCAGCGACAAGGGAGAGCUGCCCAUUGCCAUGGCACUGGCCAAUGUGGUUACCACUUCCCAAAUGGAUGAACUGGCGCGGGUUCUGGUCACCCUGUUCGAUGCCAAGCACUUGCUGUCGCCCCUGCUGUGGAACAUGUUCUACCGCGAGGUGGAGGUCUCCGACUGCAUGCAGACGCUCUUUCGUGGCAACUCUCUGGGCAGCAAGAUCAUGGCAUUUUGCUUCAAGAUCUAUGGUGCCAGCUAUCUGCAAAUGCUGUUGGAGCCACUCAUUCGUCCGCUGCUGGACGAACAGGAGGAGACCUGCUUCGAGGUGGACCCGGCCCGACUGGAGGCUGGAGAGGAUAUCGAACAGCAUCGCGACAAUUUGAUAGCCCUAACGCAGAAGGUUUUUGAUGCCAUAACUAACUCUUCGGAUCGCUUUCCACCCCAGCUGCGGUCGAUGUGCCAUUGCCUGUACCAGGUGCUGAGCAAACGUUUCCCGAAUCUGCUGCAAAACAAUAUUGGGGCCGUGGGCACAGUCAUCUUUCUGCGCUUCAUAAACCCCGCCAUAGUUUCCCCUCAGGAAUUGGGCAUUGUUGAUAAGCAGGUCCACAGCUCGGCCAAGCGCGGUCUCAUGCUGAUGUCGAAGAUCCUGCAGAAUAUUGCCAAUCAUGUAGAGUUCUCCAAGGAGCAGCACAUGCUGUGCUUCAACGAUUUCCUGCGCGAUCACUUCGAGGCGGGUCGUCGUUUCUUCAUACAGAUAGCCUCCGAUUGCGAGACCGUGGAUCAGACAUCGCACAGCAUGAGCUUCAUUUCGGAUGCGAAUGUUUUGGCACUGCAUCGACUUCUGUGGACGCAUCAGGAGAAGAUUGGCGACUAUCUCUCCAGCAGUCGCGAUCACAAGGCUGUGGGCAGGCGACCCUUUGAUAAAAUGGCCACUCUGUUGGCCUACCUCGGGCCACCAGAGCACAAGCCCGUGGAUUCGCACAUGAUGUUCAGUUCGUACGCACGCUGGAGCUCCAUCGAUAUGUCGUCCACGAAUUUCGAGGAGAUCAUGGUCAAGCAUCAGAUGCACGAGAAGGAGGAGUUCAAGACACUCAAGUCCAUGAAUAUAUUCUACCAGGCGGGUACCAGCAAAUCGGGCUAUCCCGUGUUCUACUAUAUAGCCAGGCGAUACAAGAUUGGUGAGACAAACGGGGAUCUACUGAUCUACCAUGUCAUACUCACAUUGAAGCCCUUCUGCCACUCUCCCUUCGAGGUGGUGAUUGAUUUUACACACACCUGCUCGGACAACCGCUUCCGCACAGAGUUCCUGCAGAAGUGGUUCUAUGUGCUGCCGACUGUUGCCUACGAGAAUGUCCAUGCGGUGUACAUAUACAACUGCAACUCGUGGGUGCGCGAGUAUACAAAGUUCCACGAUCGCAUUCUGGCCCCACUCAAAGGGAAUCGCAAGCUCAUGUUCCUGGAGUCACCGAACAAGCUCACGGACUACAUUGAUGCCGAGCAGCAGAAGCUGCCGGGAGCCACACUCUCGCUGGAUGAGGAUCUCAAGGUGUUUAGCAAUGCCCUGAAGCUGAGCCACAAGGACACCAAGGUGGCCAUUAAAGUGGGUCCCACCGCACUGCAGAUCACGUCGGCGGAAAAGACCAAAGUGUUGGCCCACUCGGUGCUCCUGAAUGAUGUCUACUAUGCCUCGGAAAUAGAGGAGGUGUGCCUGGUGGACGACAAUCAGUUCACGCUUUCGAUAACCAACGAAAGCGGCCAGUUGAGUUUCAUACACAAUGACUGCGACAACAUUGUCCAGGCCAUUAUCCACAUACGGAACCGCUGGGAGCUGAGCCAGCCGGAUUCGGUGACAGUACACCAGAAGAUCAGACCGAAGGACGUGCCGGGUACACUCCUGAAUAUGGCACUGCUAAAUCUGGGCUCGUGCGAUCCCAAUCUACGGACAGCUGCCUACAACCUGCUGUGUGCUCUGACAGCCACCUUUGACCUGAAGAUUGAGGGGCAGCUGCUAGAAACGCAGGGACUGUGCAUACCUUCGAACAAUACCAUCUUCAUCAAGUCGGUCAGCGAGAAACUAGCCACCAAUGAGCCGCAUUUGACACUGGAGUUCCUCGAAGAGUCCAUCCAGGGCUUCCAGCGCAGCACCAUCGAGCUGAAGCACUUGUGUUUGGAGUACAUGACGCCCUGGCUGAAGAAUCUGGUCAAGUUCUGCAAAUCCAACGACGAUGCCAAGAAGCUGAAGGUAUCCCAGAUCCUGGACAAGCUGAUCAACCUGACCAUCGACCAGAAGGAAAUGUACCCAUCGGUGCAGGCCAAGAUCUGGGGCUCCAUUGGUCAGAUACCAGAGCUCAUCGAUAUGGUUUUGGAUAAUUUCCUGCACAAAUCGAUCACGUAUGGGUUGGGGUCGCCCCAGGUGGAGAUUAUGGCCGACACGGCGGUGGCCCUGGCCUCGGCCAACGUUCAGUUGGUGUCCAAGAAGGUGAUCACGCGCAUGUGUCGCGUGAUGGAUAAGUCGUGCACGAAUCCCACUCAGUAUCUGGAGCAGCACAUGAUGUGGGACGACAUAGCCAUACUGGGACGCUAUCUACUAAUGUUGUCCUUCAACAACUGCCUAGACGUGGCCACUUCGGUGCCAUAUCUGUUCCACACGAUCACGUUUCUGGUCUGCUCUGGAUCCCUGUCGAUGAGGGCCUCCACCCAUGGCCUGGUGAUCAAUAUCAUUCACUCGCUGUGCACCUGCACAAAUCCCUCCUUCUCGGAGGAGGCCCAGCGGGUGUUGCGGCUCUCACUGGACGAGUUCUCGCUGCCCAAAUUCUACUUACUCUUCGGCAUCAGCAAGGUCAAGUCGGCGGCAGUGACCGCCUUCCGGUCAAGCUGCCGCCAUCCCACGGACAAGUGGCUCGGCAAUGAGCGCGUCACGCAGCCAUUGCCUGCGGAUCGGGAACGACUGUCGCUGCCCUCGCUGGAGGUCAUUACGGAUGCCCUGCUUGAGAUAAUGGAGGCCUGUAUGCGCGAUGUCCCCGAUUGCGAAUGGCUGCAAACUUGGACCUCGCUGGCCCGCAGCUUUGCCUUCUGCUACAAUCCGGCUCUGCAGCCGCGUGCCCUCAUCGUCUAUGGCUGCAUCAGCAAGAGUGUGACGGAUCACGAGGUGAAGCAAUUGCUGCGUAUUCUGGUCAAGGCUCUGGAAUCGUUUAAUGAUCUAAUCCUAAUCGAGGCAUUGGUCAUGUGCCUGACGCGCAUUCAACCACUGCUGCGACCCGAAUCGCCCAUCCAUCGAGCCCUUUUCUGGGUGGCCAUCUCAGUGCUACAGUUGGACGAGAUUACCCUCUAUGGAGCUGGGCUGGCACUGCUCGAACAGAACCUGCACACGCUCAAGUCUCAGGGAUGUUUUGACAAGAAGGAAACCAUAGCCGAGGUCAUGAUGAAGACUCGCGAGAAGCUCGAGUGGCACUUCAAACAGCUGGACCAUGCCGUAGGACUUUCAUUCCGUAGCAACUUUCACUUUGCCCUAGUCGGGCAUUUGAUAAAGGGCUUCCGUCAUCCCACACCGACCACAGUAUCGCGGACAUCACGUGUUCUGACCAUGCUGCUGGGCAUCAUAGCCAAGCCCCUGCACCGCGACAAGUUCGAGGUGACGCCCGACAGUGUGGCCUAUCUGACAGCUCUUGUGGCUGUGUCCGAGGAAGUGCGCUCCCGCUGUCAUGUGAAGCAUGCCCUGCCACGCUGGCCGGCCGACCUCAGUGGCAGCGUGGAGAAUGCGGAAUUGUCCAAUGGAGGAGUUCAGGCUAUUGGCCAGCCCUUGUCGCGACGACAAAAGAGUUGGGACAUACUCGAUCAGUCCGCCCUGCAGUUUGCCCGCCAGCACAAGGUUCCCACUCUACAGAAUGCGAGGGUUUUAUUCAAAACUCAGCGCUCAUUCUCGGUGCCAACAACCAAAGAUCCGAACAAUGCCACCGGCAUCGAAGAACGUCAGGAACGCGGCUCACGCUCUUCGGUAUCCAACGAGUCGAAUGUCCUACUUGAUCCCGAAGUUCUACCCGAUUUAUCCAUCCAAGCCUUGGUCCUCACUGUGCUAGCCACCUUGGUCAAGUACUCGUCGGAUGAGGGAGAAACUCGCGUAUUGUACCAGUAUUUAGCCGAAGGAUCUGUGGUCUUUCCCAAAGUGUUUCCAGUCAUCCAUUCGUUGCUGGACCAAAAGAUCAACAAUAUAUUGUCAGUGUCGCACGAUCAGGUUGUGCUCAACUCUGUGCAGAACAUUAUCCAGAAUAUGCUGGCCAGCGAAGAUCCCUCCCAGCAGCAGCUGCACUUCUUGCAGAGCUGCGGAUUUGGCGGACUUUGGCGCUUUGCUGGUCCAUUUACCAAGUACAACAUGAUGGGUGAAUCCUCAGAGCUCUUCGUCAACUGCUUGGAAGCCAUGGUUGAGACGUGCUUGCCGGGCGAUGAAACUGCACCAGUACCACCCUCGCCGCGUCCCUACAACCUGAGCUCCAGCUUGAGCAGCCUGACCUUGGGGUCGCCCACGGAUAAAGCUGCAUGAAUAACAACUACAGACCCGCGCACUAGACGUACCACACUUGUCGCAAGAGUAAUCCGUUUCCUAAAUCUGUUUAAAAAGUGCUUUUAGAGAAAGGGAAAACAAAACCCCUGCCCCCCACAGAAAGUCGUACAAAAAGCUAUAGAGUGUUUAUAUAUUGAUACAUGUAUGUAUAGAAUGUCCAGAGAGAUGUCCAGUCGACCAGAUGUGAGAGCGAUAAGAGAUAAAUGUAAAAAUAUUGUAUAUAUAUAUAUAUAUACAUAUAGAAUGUGUAGAAUGGAUACGGAAUGGAAAGGCCUUCAAUGAAACUGCAAACGCAUAGAUGACGAUGAUAGGAGAGAUGAGUACGAGAAGGAGUAUAUGUAUCAAACGGAAAUAUUUUUUACCGAAUAUCGAUUGUACAAUAUGUACAUUUUUAAAUUUGUAAGGCACGUACACAAAGAUCACCAGUUCCUGAGAAGACGACCACGGCCGAGGCCCAACGGAGUUAACCAAGCAAACAGCAAAAAACAAAAACAACUAUAAAAUCAAACGAAACGAACACGAAAAGAACAUAAAGCUUUAAGAAACUGGCAUGCCCCGACGGGCAUGUCCUCUGAAUUCUUUUGUAUUAUACGAGAAUCUCCCCGCGCUGCAACUGUAUGAAAUGGCAUUUAUUUUUAUUGUAAUUAUUAUUAUUGUUUUCCACCUAAGUUCAUCAUUCAUUAACACCUACCUAUUUAUUUCACCAACAUAUGUUUCUCCAACGAACACCCAAACUAACCGAACAAAAACCCCCUUAUACCUAUGCUAAAAUCACAAACCAGCAGUCCCUUUUAAUUCAAAUUAGUUGUAAGCCAACAAAAACGAUUUUUAAAUCGAAAUAGAGUUGUUAGCGAAAGAACACCACUACGAAUGUUAAACACACUUGUACCUCUUAUUAAACAAUAAACGCAACAAUUUAGACAGUUAAA